CAGCGGAUUGGCAGAGCAAGAUUGGCGGACUCAUGAACCGCCAGGUUUUUCCGCUGAUCUGUACUCGCGACAUGGCCCUAGACGCGAAACGGUGUGAGGCGAUGCUGAAACGGUUGGAGAUGAUUCGAACGCAGGGACAUGUGAUUGUCACUGUCCCCGAACAUCGUCUGAGUCUAGAGAACAAGGCUGUCGAGCUAGCGACGCCGAGCGUCAGCAAUGUAGCGUUGGAAGACUCCUCUGAGGACGAUAGCGGAUCUUCCUCUGAGAGCGACGUCGAUGACGAGGACAACGCGAGGAAAGAACCGGAAAAAUCACUGCCCGAUCCAGACAAACUAGCGGCAAGCGAAAUCCUGCACAAAGUCUUGGCGUUUUGCUCCCGCUUUGUUAAGGCUCCACUGUGACGUCAAAGUCUAUUCUUUUUCUUUUUCGACGUUUCAACAUCAAGAACAUGAUGACCAUAGAAGUAGAAAAAGGCUUCUUCUUAUAGUAUUAUACCUAGUAGUUCUUGUAAAAACAUGAUGUUACAGUAUAUUAUAGUAUUAUACCUAGUAGUUGUAACAUGAUACAACAGUACAACCUUCAACAUCUUCACAUCACGCCAACAGAUAGCAACAAGGAUGAUAUCACGUACAAGUAGUUACGGAUAUCGUCCCGCGGCAGCACGCGAGUCGAGUGAGUGACCUGGUCAGUCGACUGGAUCCUACUAGUUCUUCUAACUUCCGCCGCGACGUUCUGGACGAGUCUGAUGAAAUCCUGUCUCCGAAGUACCAACUUAUCUACACGAUCGGCGAUCGACGUGAUAUGGAUGGCGGACAGUUGAGAUGGACGGCGCUAGCAGCUGCGAUGCGAUCAGUCGCCAACCACGCCUUCAAGCUACGUGACAAGUACGGCAACGAAGCAGUUGAAGUGAACGCCGACGAGGUGUUGUUUUUCCCGGGUUUUCGCUUGCUUGAGUCCGAACGAGCGGCAGAGGUGUUCGAGGACAUACGAAAUUUAGUGGUAGGAGAUAUCCUGAACGACCAGAAGGAUCUGAUCUUUCAGCGAAUCAGGCCUCAACUAUUACCGGUGGAGAAGAAAGUGUGGCGAAGCGCAGUUUUGGAGCGCGCUCCUACCAAAACACUCCCUGCGCACAUGACUCCGGAAAUUUUAGCCGCGCAAACAGCUAAUUUUUCGAAGGAGCUUUGGCCGUGGGAGCAGCUGAACCAGACGAUGCGAAGUUUGGCACUUGUUUUGCGAGGCGUGCUGUCCCACGAAGUGCUACAAGUGGUUCUGCAAAAACGAUGGAGGGUCGAUUACGGUGCUCACCCGGGUCGGCAGACGUACCAGAUGGCUGUCCCCUUUCGCGCGAAGGACGUCGCUAGUGACCGCACCGAGUUCGGGCAUCCGGACAUCGCUGUUUUGCUCACCAUCGCGCACUACUACCAAUCAGGGUUGUCAAAAGCGCAGCUAGGAGACGUCUUUUCCUGUUUAGAAGAGCGCAUCACUGAAUCCGAAGCGAAGGCGCUCUAUCGCGAAUGGGCUGAGAGCUGUCCAGCGAAGCAUCUCUACUUGAUGGGUAAUGCUGCUGCGGCAGGUGGAGGCGGUGGAGGAGGAGGCGGACUUGGUUCCGGAACAGUAGAGGCCGCUCAAGAUCACCAGUUACUGCCACCUUCAGGUUCUCCUCUUCCCGUUUCCGGCGACGGCACAACUGCAACGACAACCGCAACUCAACAGACGAACUUGAUGAAAUUCGAGAGUGUGAAUCUGUCCGACGUUGAGAUGUUCGAGAAUAACUUAUUUCCUGCCUUCUCCAAGCACAUGGAUGUGGUUAAUUUCUGGCUCUUCCGCAUGAUUCUCCCGACCCAGGCAAAGCAGUUUCCACAAAAGGUUGUGAGCACACCUUGGGACCUGUGUCGGCAACCGGAGCACAUCUACUCGACGACGGACAGCAAAGGUUCUUCCGGUACUAGCAGUAAUACGUAUCACCUGAACCGCGCAGUAACGACCGGUUUCAGUGGAACCGAUGAUCUACAAUACGUACUGCCACUGACCAUCAAACAAAAGAAUCUGCCAAGCUUAGAGAUGACCAACGGCAUUCAGCUUCGGAACUUGUUGCGAGGAGAGAACGAUUACUACCAUUGGCUUCGAGAAGACAACACGGCACUAGAAAUUCUCGACAUACUGGAGUACGGUGAAACGCUGGAGCACCAGCACAGUGCUGUUGGCGAAGGAGCUCUAGGCGUCGCUCCACGGUCCAGCUUAGGAGUGUCUUCUGGGCCACAAUUCUUAGGCGAUACCACAACUACACCGGUCGUCCGUAUUGACCAAGCAGAGAAGGUCAACGUGGUAUUGGACCCAGGCGCACUCGUUUUGCAGUUAUCGAAUCUGGAAUUCUCCAAGGAAUGGCUGAAGCGACGGCCUGACAUGGAGGCAUGUGUCUUCUUCGAUGAACAAAACGUGAUCAAGGUCAUUGACCGAGACCAUUUGGACGAGGACCCAGCGUCUUUUGCUUUAAGCCCCUACGCCGAGGACAUGAGCAAGUGUCUUUUGUAUUUAGAUGACGUCCACACUCGCGGAAGCGAUUUCCGCCUACCUCUGCAUACACGAGCCAUCCUGACACUUGGGAAGGGCAUGACGAAGGACAAGUUUCUUCAAGCGUGCAUGCGAAUGCGGCAGAUUGGUCACGGACAAAAGAUCUCGUUCGUCGCUUCGAAAGAGGUGCACCGUGCACUGCAGCGUCACGAAGCUGCCACUUCGAGUUCCUCGUCAUCGUUGAUCUUCAAAGAUGAGCUAGGCGGAGACGCUUGGCAGACUCCCCUUCGAGGACCGAAAAAGCACGUCCAGCUUCUUGGUAAAACAACGAGCAAUACUAGGACAACAGGAGCGCCGAGUGCACCAACGGCACCCACAGAAUCUGCUCUAUCGAGUUUGCGCUUUGUACCUGUCAUUUGCAGUUGGACGUUGGCGAAUACAAGGAAACGAAUCUGCGACUUGAUUCCUUACUUUUCUGCUCAGGGACGACAAAAUAUCAACAAGAUGGAAACCUACCGCAUGUUCUACUUAAGGCAAGUCUUUCACUAUUGUUCCAUGUGAGAAUACUUUGGCUGUUCUACAACUAAAUUAAUAGCAAUUAGUCCUACUGCUACUUAAAUGGUUCUGGUAGUAGAAGAACAGCACAAACUAUGCUGAGUUAAGAAGUCCCCUCCUUUGAUUUCUUAAACUUAAAGGGGAAAACGAAAAGAAUGAUUUACGAAAGGAAAAGGACAAGGCACUCGAGCAGGCAUGGUGAAAAACUAGCGUUAAUCUACGCGGACGGCGACGAUGGCUUGGAUAUGACAGAGCAGGUUUACAACGAGGAUACGACUCGGGCAGAGGACACCUCACCCAAUAAUAGAGAGCAAAAUAUUCAUGGGUCACCUGCUGCUGCGGACGACGACGAGCCCAAAACGUCAGUAGAUGCUCAACAAACCGAGGUGAAAUUGCCAGCGGCAAAGCAUCUCAAGAUCGAUCUUUUGCAAACCGCAGAACAGUGUGUCGAGGACGAAGUCUUGGACCUUGCCGAGAUGUACGGGCACGCUAGGCAGUUGGCAUCCCUUCCGACAGUGGUAUCAGAGCAGUUGAAGACACUUGUUUACUUAUGAAAGAAUCUGGGAGAACUAGAAGACUUAGAAAAGGUCGUAAUGUUGACAGAUUGAAAUACGUAGUACUAGUCACUGUGUCUGUGGUCCAAGCACAAGUCCUGCAGCACCGAAUAAGUGGUCUUGUCAGCUCAAAAUUAAGAAGACUCCUUCAUUACUGUCACUCUGCUCCUCUAAUACCCAAGCUGCGAAAAUUACGACUAGCUGCUGUUCGCGCAGGGUUGAAGAAGGAGGCAGACGAAAGCAAAGACCGCAACGAGGAAGACGAUGAAGAAGAGGACGAGGAGGAAGAUGUUCCUGAUGAGGAGGUGGGAGGCGACGAAGAGGACUGCUCUGAAAAAGUAGACCCUUCAUCUUCUACUUCUACUUCAGGUGGAGGUAAGGAAAAUCAAGAUCAAACCGACGACAACGCUGAAAUAAACACAGCUUCAUCUGACAAAAAAGGCGUAGUCGAUGAGGACAGACUGUUGAUCGAGCACAUCGAGAAUGAGAUCGCGACGAAUGCAAUGUUGCUACGAAUUCAAGACCACGUGGCACGCAUCGCGCCUCAGGUAGAACGGUUUGGCAGUCUGUUUGACGAAGAUUAAGGGUACAGGUUAAACGUGUUCCUGUUGCCGUUCGUUUUGCCUUUCUCAAGGGGGGAAGGCAUAACGAACGGGGUAAGCGAGCACCAAAACCCUACCUCUAAGAAGUGCAGGAGCGAGAAUUGGAACAAGAGCUGGAGGAGGAGCGCCAGGUUGAGCGCCCUGGCCCAGCAACUGCACAGCGGGCCCAUCUUCCCGAUGCUUUGAUCAAAUUCGUGAAGACAGACGGCGAGGUCACUGGCGGUCUUCUGUCACUUGGGGAGGCGCUGAGGGAUGCUCCCAGUUACUACAGGUCAGUAGCGGGACAAUUCGCAAACUUCCUAGAUCCGGAACAAGCUCUGGCGAACAAUACUGGGUCCUCUGGAUCUCAGGAACAUUAAGGCUUCUACCGCAGAUACUUUCUUUCACCCUCAGGGAAGAAGAUGAAGAUCCCACCUGGUGCUUUUAUUAUUACGUAUCAAUACAGGAUCUCUAAGAAUGACAGUCCUUCAAGAUUACUUCUGUGGACAAUGUGUACGUGACCGAGGACUUCGUGCGCACAAUCCGAGGCAAGCACAAUGCCGAUGCCCACUUGAAAAAUCCUGGAUGGAUUUUUGUGUCAGAUUUAGAGAAGCAUAAAGCCCAUGGUGUCGAGGAGCAAGUUGUAAGCACGACAGGCGAUGCUGCAGACGACCGCGGAUCUGCUCACAGGACUUUGAACAAAGUGUUUCUUCUGGUCAGUAAUUUCGAAGCGGAGCGCUGUGCGUGUCUGAUUAGUUCAAGUAUUAACUUUCCCAGUAUAGACGAUCACAAACUAGAUGACGGAACGAAUGUCAUAGACGGAUACAAUCGCAAGGAGCCGACAGGAGCGGAAGAGAAAGUUACGACAAUGAAUACAUGAGAAUGAGAGGAAUCAACUGAAAAAUAUGACUUUGACUUUGACAUGUUCAUGUAUGCAAUUAUAUAACAAUAACUACACGAAGAUAUAUAUAAAUCUACUAACUAAAUCUAAUUCUUUGAAAACCGGAGGCGCAGGUGGCGGUCGCGAAUUCAACCGCUUACGCUUCUGUCCGCGACUCUAUCAAUUCGCACCGAUUGUGCGCUUACACCAACCACAGCCGUUCUUGCGCCGAACGAGCUACGAACUGCACGCGCCAAUCGCCCUACACGUCUUUGCAGGAAGCAUCCAUGCUGACAGACGUUUACUGGAAAAAACAAAGAACUACCUUUAUGGAAAUCAAAUUCGCUCUGGCAUUAGCAUAGCAGGGAGCUAUUUAAUUUGUAUUGUUCCCCCUAUCGGUCAAUCUCAACAGUAGCUGAGUAUAUGUUUUCACUUGAUCAUGAAAUCCAAACCGAAGGCGGAGUCCAGAACAUCUUUUGAGAUCGUCUCUCAAAAACUCUCUAGUCUCAAAACAUUGACAUGUUUUCGGCAAGUCACAUGAUCCACAAACGCAUUCACAUUCACAUAGUACGGGACACUUGUCGACAAUGGCACCCGUCUAAUAUUUUGCACUUCUCCCACGACCCAAUGAAGAGGAGGAGGGAGCAGCCGUAGUUGCACUAUGGGAUGCGCUUUUCGAAGAGGAGUCGCUGAUUGAGCGGGACGGCUUUAUCUUCCCAGAAAAUCGUGUCCCAGUGGUUACGCGCAUGGCAAAAGAACUUGCAGAAUACUACAGUACUGACGAAUUAGAAAUCGACACUGAGUACCAGUACGAGUACGUACAAUAUUAUAAAUUUGAUAAAUUACAGUGCUGAAGCUGAAGGCUUCAUUGAGUACAUAUCAAAACGAGUAGGAGUACAAUCACACUACUGACACAGUCACAGAGUACUCGCAGCUUUGCGAAUGUUGGUUACGUUUGAGCCACAGAAAUCAUAUCAUGGUCACUUUAGUUACAACUUGAAGAGCUUCGUCUUAUUCUAUAUCAGGCCUUUCUCCUCGAUUCCACUUACUAGGUAGCCGCGCAACGCAUGCCAAAGCUGCUGACGCUGCAUUACGGUCACUGCUCCUUUCCCCGUUCAGAGGCAAAAGUCCAGUCCGUUUCCUCAAAUCCUUUUACAACAACGCACGGCACCUAGACGAUGAUUAAGGCUACCCUGAAACCUAAUCCAUCUUCAGAAAUAAGUAACAGAACGAAGCAUGCAAGCAUCCAUCUUGGGUCUGUUGAUUUUCAGGGAGAAAAGCAAAGGUCCCUCCAUGUUGGAUUCUUGUCUUCGAAGACAGUCCUCAUCCAGGAUGUUGGUACUCGAGAUGAAUGGUUCUGGUAUUUGGUGUAGCCGGAAUUUGAUCAUAAGGGAAAACAAGAAGAGAACCCUUGUGAUCCAAUUCAGGCUACCAAAUACCAGAACCAUACACGAGAUGGCUUAGGGUGCGCUCUAAGAGGCGCUUGCUAUGAGUUCGGUGGGACGUCUUCUCGGUGCAGCAGAACUUGGCGGACAAGCACGAAAUGAAGACAUUCUCAUGGUCGCUCACGAUACAAAAAAAAAAAAAAAUGCGCUUGAAUUCAUGUUGAUUGAAACUGAAAGUGGAGGAUCAUGGUAGUGAUUCUGACGAAUUCCAGUUUUUCAAACAAAGGCUCCCAAAGAGGAAGGACCUGUUUUUGUACCUCCUACAUGUACAUUUUGUUUUUGCGGAUAUCUGAGCAUAAUAUCGAGAAAUAGAAGCCCUCAUGUAGAUUCCCAUCAUGUACACGGAUAUGAAUACUUUCGGGACUAAAACGAAACGACUGAGCGCGUACUCCGGCUCUUCGUUUGUUCUGUUGAGGAGAUUUUCUUUUCACGUACAUAGGUAGACCAAGAUAGAAUCUGAAAACCUUGUCAAGCAAAACAAAAACUCGACUAACACGUUACACGAAUGAUUGCUUUGAAGCGGAUACUUCUCCGUCUUCAUAUAAUAUUAGUAUUUAUAGUAUUAGCAAUUGCCAGAAAUCUCUUAAGGAGCUCCCUUAAGGAGCUUCCUUAAGGAGCUUCCUUAAGGAGCUUCCUUAAGGAAAUCAGUUUCCUUAAAGAAUUUUUAUUAUAAAAAGUUAUUAUAACUUUCCUUAAGAGGGAAAAAAUUUCCUUAAGGAGCUCCCUUAAGGGCAAGCUGUUAUAAACUUAGGCUAAUAACAGCGGCUCCUUAAGGCCCUUGCUAGUACUACGAGUUCAAAGGUGUCAAGAACGUGCUAACGUGUUCGCGGCUGUUAGUUUGUAGGCUACUCACGUACACCAGCCACAUCCGCAGCAAGACACUACGCGCCCACCCCUAGCGAAUCGCCCCAAUGAGCUGCCAACCGCUACCCUUGUCAUAUAUCGCCCAGCGCCUUUACUUUUUUUCAAAAACUUCAGGGAGGUCAUUCAAAUACAGAGAAAACUGAACGACCUCCCUGAAGUUUUUGGAAAAAAGUUAGCUCGCUCCCCUUCCGCGACUACCUUCCGCGCACAGCAAUCGACCACGGCACAGGAGCGCGCAGCAGCCCUUGGAGAUGGUUAACCAGUCUACCUCUAACCAGCACAAAAGCGGGAGAACUGUAAGGGAGAGGGUGAGCACUUGAAAGGCUAGAGGCUGACGAGCGUGAUCAUAUUGAUUCGCGAGAAGGCCAAAGAUGCGCCCCAAAGUCGCAGCCGUUGAGGAUGUCGAUGGCUGUGAGAAUGAUAGCCGUGAGCGCUUGCGUGUCUGAAGGGUGGACCCUGGUGAGCAUCAUCAUAUCCAUGAGAAGGCCAAAGGUGUGCAACUUUGCGCGUGAAGGUCGAAGCCGUUGAGGAUGUUGACUCGAUGUCUGUGAGAAUGAUAGCCGUGAGGACUUGCAUGUCUGAAGGGUGGACCCUGGUGAGCGUCAUCAUUUCAUAUCCAUGAGAAGGCCAAAGAUAUACAUCUCUGUGUAUGAAAGUCGAAGCCGUUGAGGAUGUCGAUGUCUGUGAGAAUGAUAGCUGUGAGGACUUGCAUGUCUGAAGGGUGGACCUUGGUGGGCGUCAUCAUAUCAACGAGAGGGCCAAAGACGUGCGACGAUGUGUGUGAAAGUCGAAGCCGACGCUGAGGAUGUCGAUGUCUGUCAGAAUGAUAGCCGUGAGGGCUUGCAUGUCUGAAGGGUGGACCCUGGUGAGCAUCAUCAUAUCCAUGAGAAGGCCAAAAGUAUACAUCUCUGUGCUUGAAAGUCGAAGCCGUUGAGGAUGUCGAUGUCUGUGAGAAUGAUAGCCGUGAGGACUUGCAUGUCUGAAGGGUGGACCCUGGUGGGCAUCAUCAUAUCCAUGAGAAGGCCAAAGAUGUGCGUCUCUGUGUGUGAAAGUCGAAGCCGUCGAGGAUGUCGAUGUCUGUGAGAAUGAUAGCCGUGAUCACUUGCAUCCCUGAAGGGUGGACCCUGGUGAGCGUCAUCACAUCCAUGAGAAGGCCAAAGAUAUACGUCUUUGCGCUUGAGUGUCGAAGCCGUUGAGGAUGUCGAUGUCUGUGAGACUGAUAGCCGUGGGCGCUUGCAGUUCUGAAGGGUGGACUUUGGUGAGCAUCAUCAUACCCAUGAGAAAGCCAAGGGCAUACAUCUCUGCGCUUGAAAGUCGAAGCCGUUGGGGGUGUCGAUGUCUGUGAGAGUGAUAGCCUUGAGCACUUGCGUGUCUGAAGGGCGGACCCUGGUGAGCGUCAUCAUAUCCAUGAGAGGGCCAAAGGUAUACAGCUUCGCCUGUGAAAGUCGAAGCCGUUGAGGGUGUCGAUGUCUGUGAGGAAGUAGAUGAGGGCGGACCCUGGCGGGCGUCAUCAUGUCCAUGAGAAGGCCAGGCGCAUGCAUCUCCGUCGGUGAAGGCUGAAGGCUGAGGACGUCGAUGCCUGUGUGUGAGAGUGAUAACGGUGGACCAUUGCAUGUCUGAGGCGCGGACCGUGGUGGGCGUCUUGCGUCAUGUCCAUGAAACAGCCAAGCUUAUAGACACACCCCCGCGCCUGAAGGUUGGGGCCCAGCUUCUGGCUCUGCGCAUAGAGAUGCCCGAGCGUGGCUUUCUCAUGGGCCUCGUCCAUGACGCUCGCCAGUGUCAGUGCCAUCCCAUGGGUAUGCUAUGCUUUAGGAUUCUCCUGGACAUGAUCACACUCAAAAGGGCCCAACCUCUGUGCCUACAUAUGUCCAAGAGUGGCCUUCUCAUGGACUCCAUGACGCUCAGCGGGCCAGCCUUGGCGCCCAUUGGCUUGCCCCUAGCAAGCAAGUUGGCCAAGGCAGUAGCCAUAGCGGUAGCCUCCUCACUAGCCUCGCCACAGUGGGGGCCAGCUUCCCAGCCUUGGCGAGCAGACUUGGCGACUUUUUUCGUUUGUCUUUCUGUCUCUUAGUAGUCAACCUGUCCAGUUGUUAACCUAUGCCCAGCGCAGCGGGCCCUUGAUGGGCCCGCUUUCUGGGCAUGUACUUAUACAUGAACAUGAUUCUUGAGAAUUUUUUGUACAAUUUAUAAUGGAGUAAUUCUAAUUUAUUUUGAUGCAGAUGUUGUACUAGACAAGAACUACAAGUGAUACUGAAUCACAAACCGCACCAGCGACAGAAAAUGAACAUGCCAAAAGUUGUAGUGCCACAUCUAAGCACGACGAUCCAAGAACAUCUCACCUGCCCCUGGGGCCGACUUCUAGG